UUCUCUUCUUCAAUCAACACCAGCCUCCUUUUGCUCCACUCCAUGCUACGAGUCUCCGUCCUUUCAGGCCGACAUCUCAUGCCACUCUCUGGGACCUAACCUAGAGUAAAUCUUGGCCCCGGCCAGGGUUGGGGGGAGCCAUGGGCAGUUCAGCCUCAUCGCUGGCCGCCGAGACGGAGUCGGACCAUGGCUUUACUGGCCCAACCUAUCCUGGGCAUCUGGCAGCAAGCUGGUAUAGAAGUAACCAUGGUGGCCCCGUUUGGGACAGUGCCCUUAUAACACGGCAACAUCCGCACGUGAAUCACCGGGCACGAAGCCACACCCACUCUUCUGGUUCUAUGGCCACUGUGCGGGAAUGGUCCUGCACCCGCUGUACUUUCCUGAACCCCGUCGGACAGCGCCAAUGCUCCAUCUGCGAGGCCCCCCGCCAGAAGCCCGACCUCAAUCACAUCUUGCGCCUGAGCGUGGAAGAGCAGAAGUGGGCCUGCGCCCGAUGCACCUUCCGGAACUUUGUGGGCAAAGAGGCCUGCGAGGUGUGCGGCUUUACCCCCGAACCCGGCCCGGGGGGCUCCCCUCUGCCAAUCCUCAAUGGGGUCCUGCCAAAGCCCACCGUCCUAGUAGAACCCAAAGCCAGUAGCAAGGAGGAGACGCCCCAGAUGGAGAGCCCCGUUGAGGAUUCGGGGGGGAAGAGCCCCGAAGAGGCAGAGCUGGAGGAGGGCUGGGCUUGCCAACGUUGCACCCUCCACAACACCCCCGUCGCGAAUUCCUGCUCGGCCUGCGGGGGCCCCCGCAAGCUCUCCCUGCCCAAGAUCCCUCCAGAGGCGCUGGUGGUCCCUGAAAUCAUCACUCCCGCUGGUUUCCAGAUAGCUCCCGCCACCGAGACCCCGGAGGGCCACCCAGCCGUCAAUCAAGGCACCACCCUUGUGGAGGAAGAGAGCCAGAAGAUGCCAGCCUUCAGCCUUUUCUCCCCAGGUCUCCAGAACAACCCCGUUCCUCGUAGCCGCCGAGAGGUGCCCCCCCAACUCCAGCCCCCGGCUCCUGAAGCUGCCCAACCGGCUUCUCCGCCAACCCCCGUGCAGAAGGCCAUUCGCUUCCAGGAAAUGAUAGCGACCAAGCGGCUAAGCGUGCUGGAGGAAGAGAUGGACGUCAGCGUGCCGCCCUGGCAAUGCAGCACCUGUUCCCUGCUCAACACCUCGGGGAGUGAGGCCUGCGAGGCUUGCAGCAGCCAGAAGGGCAGUGACACUAUCGACCUGACGGGGGACUCCGUUCGUUUUACACCUUGUGGACCCUCCAGCCCCGACUUCACCACCUGGUCCUGUUCCAAGUGUACCUUGAAGAACCCCACCGCUUCCCAGAAGUGCAAAGCCUGCGGCUCCUCCAAACUUCACGGCUUCCAGGAACAUAGCUUGCAACCAGACCUGGCUCCCAAGUGCCCCGAAUGUGGCUCGGACAAAGGCAGGUGUACAGCUUGUGGCACCCGAGCUCCUUCCGCCCGCAAAGUAGCCCGCCUCUUCCCCUUGCAACCCCCAGUCACCCCUGAGCGAGCCAGCCAGUGGGCGUGCCCUGCUUGCACACUACUCAACGAGCUGAAGGCCAAGCACUGCCUCGCCUGCCACACUCCUCAAGUCUACAUGGCGCAGCGCAGGGGCAUCAAGCCGCUACGGCGGCGCGAGAGCAUGCACGUGGAGAAGCGGCGGCAGACGGACGAGGGCGAGGCCAAAGCCCUUUGGGAGAACAUUGUCUCUUUCUGUCAAGAGAACAAGGUCAACUUUGUGGAUGACAGCUUUCCUCCCGGUCCCAAGUCGGUUGGCUUUCCCGAAGGAGACAGCGUCCAGCAGCGAGUCAAACAGUGGCUUAGGCCUCACGAAAUCAACUGCAACAUCUUCAAAGACCGAUCGGUCAAGUGGUCAGUUUUCCGGACACCCCGACCUUCAGAUAUCCUGCAGGGACUCCUGGGAAACUGUUGGUUCCUGAGUGCGCUGGCAGUGCUGGCAGAGCGGCCCGAAUUGGUGGAAAGGGUGAUGAUCACAAGGACCAUGUGCCCCGAGGGGGCUUACCAAGUCCGACUAUGCAAAGAUGGUACCUGGACCACCGUGCUGGUGGAUGACAUGCUGCCCUGCGAUGAGUGUGGCUAUCUCCUCUUCUCCCAGGCUCAGAGGAAACAGCUAUGGGUGGCUCUGAUUGAGAAGGCCUUGGCCAAACUCCACGGCUCAUACUUCGCCCUCCAAGCAGGGCGCGCCAUCGAAGGCCUGGCUACGCUGACCGGCGCUCCCUGCGAGAGCUUGAUGCUGCAGGUCAGCUCCACUAACCCUCGCGAGGAGGCCAUUGACACUGACCUCAUCUGGGCCAAAAUGCUGAGUUCUAAGGAGGCUGGCUUCCUCAUGGGAGCAUCGUGUGGAGGAGGCAACAUGAAGGUGGAUGAUGCGGCCUAUGAAAGCAUGGGUCUUCGCCCACGACAUGCGUACUCCAUAUUGGAUGUACGAGACGUGCAAGGACGCAGACUGCUGCGACUUCGUAAUCCCUGGGGCCGCUUCUCUUGGAAUGGCAGCUGGUCCGACGAAUGGUCCCACUGGCCCUCCCAUUUGCGUCACGAGCUGAUGCCCCAUGGGAGCAGCGACGGGGUCUUCUGGAUGGAAUACAGCGACUUCAUCAGGUAUUUUGACUCCGUGGACAUCUGCAAGCUUCAUUCCGACUGGCACGAAGUGCGUGUGCAGGCAGCUUUCCCCAACAAGGCCAGUGGGCCCAUCACGGUCACGUCACUGACUGUGCUGGAGCGAGCAACUUUGGAGUUUGCCCUUUUCCAGGAAGGCAGCAGACGCUCAGACACCGUGGACAGCCAUCUCCUCGACCUCUGCAUCAUGGUGUUCCGAGCCACCUUCAUCAAUGGGAGCAAGCUAAGCCUGGGACGCCUGAUGGCCCACAGCAAGCGAGCCGUCAAGAAAUUUGUCAACUGUGACAUCAUGCUGGAGCCGGGCGAGUAUGCCGUGGUGUGCUGUGCCUUCAACCACUGGACUGCCCCAGUGCCAGGAACCUCAGGCCCAGGCUCCAGCCCUACAUCUAGCAGUGAAUGCCCGCCUACCGAAGUCUCCAGCUACAUCUUAGCCAUCUACGGUUCCCGCCUAGUGAUGGUAGAACAGAUUGAGGCCCAAUCGACCACCUUGGCCGACGCCAUCAUUCUCCUCACGGAGAACAAGGGCGAGCGGCAUGAGGGGCGUGAAGGGAUGACCUGUUAUUACCUGACCCACGGCUGGGCCGGUCUCAUCGUCGUGGUGGAGAAUCGGCACCCCAAGUCCUAUCUCCACGUCCAGUGUGAUUGCACAGAUAGCUUCAAUGUUGUGUCCACUCGGGGCAGCUUGAAGACACAGGACAGUGUGCCACCUUUGCACAGGCAGGUCCUGGUGAUUUUAUCCCAACUGGAAGGAAACGCCGGAUUCUCCAUCACGCACCGCCUGGCUCACCGCAAGGCCACCCAGGCGUUCCUGAACGACUGGAUGUCAACAAAGGGGACGCACAACCCCCUGCUCACCCCCGAGGUGGCGGGACUUCACGGACCCCGGCCGCUAUGACAAAGGGCCCCCCCAGCCCCCCUCUUCUGCUUCUGCCUUUUUCUAGCCCCGCCUGUCUCGCGCAUUGCCCCAGCCGUCCGUGCAGAGCCCGUCAGGAUUAAGGAGGACCGACGAAUCGCGGGUUUCAAACUAAGCGCCUCGUCUCCUGUUCUCUGGGGUUAGGCCGGGAGCUGCUCAGGUUCCCUUCCCUCCUCCCUCUCUUGAAAAACCCAUCUCCCCUUCCCCCCUCCUCCCCCCUUUUCCCACAGAAGAUGCACUUUAUCCAAAGCUGCGGUCAGGAUAGGAGAGCAAGGAAAAAAGAUUUUAGAGCUGGGGGGGAAGGAUGCCCCCCUCGCAGGUUCCAGCAUACCGAACGGCCUGAGCGCUGCCAGCUGCUUGGCGCGGGGGCGUGGUCGUCCUUCCCCUCAGCCACCCAGAUAUCCUACGGCUGCAACAAUAUACCUCUGGCGAAUCUGUCUGUCUGUCUGUCUGCCUGCCUUCCCUCGCGGUUCAUGGCGUCAGCAGCUGAGGGGCGUUAGAGUGGGUUCCUUCGCUCCAUUGAGGGUGAAGGAGGUGGGUUUUCAUCUCCCUUCUAGUUGUCCGGGCCCAGGAGAUUCCCAGCAGGGGUUGCCCAACCCUGGCAACUUUUAAGUCCUGUGGACUUCGACUCCCAGAAUUCCCCAGCCAAAAUUUAAGACCUGUGGACUUCAGCUCGAUUCAAGCAAGCUAUGCUGGCUGGGGAAUUCUGGGAGUUGAAGUCCGCAGGUCUUAAAGUAACCAAGGUUGGAGACCCUUGAUUUCCAGAGAGAUGGAGCCUGCCAAAUCCACCUGGGUAGACCUGGCCUGCAGUCGCCAAAGGUGAGUUGGCGUUUCACACUAGGCGCCAAAGCAGGUUGCAUAUGAUGCCACCAGCCACCUCACCAUGCAACACAUUAAGAAGCAGCUGUGGAAGACUGGUGGUGGACCAGGGGUGCACUUUUCCUGGAGGGACCUGUUGCUGCAACACAACAGAGCCAUACUGAAGACAUAUUGAGCUUGGGGGGGGGUCUUUUUGCUUUGGCACCUUCCCCUGGUUCCCACUCCCAUCCGAGGCUGGGUGAGGAACCAAAGCCCACCCUUCCAUAUUUUGGUGGCCGGCCAGCUAAUGCUUUAUCCGCCUGGGAAGAGCAGAAGGUCUUGAUUUGUCUUUGUGUUGUUGUGUCCUUGUCGGUGUCCUCCAAGGAGGCGAAGCAAAGUGUGCGUUUGUUGGGUUGCAAUGUCCUUCCGUUGCAGCUGGAGGCCGAAAAAAAGGAAGUGAGCGCACAGGACACCCCUGGCCCCUUAGAAAGAGUUGGGAGUCCAUUUCCUUGUGCGAGCUCUCUAGCUGUUAAAAGAGGGAGGGGAGCACUCCCCUCCAAUGUCUGCUUUUGGCCCCUUCCCCUUCCCCCCCAAGAAAGAUGAACCAGAAAUCAGCCAUGGGAAGGAGUGGAAAAACAGGUUAGGGAUUGUUUGUCCCUCUGCCUUCCGUGCUCCAGGUUUAGCUCUACCUGGAAGGUUUUGACAGGUGGGCAUAUACCUGAAGACGUGGAGUGAGCUUAGCACUUUUACAUUCUGCAGUUGGACGCUCAGCCUCCCACAGAGCCCCCAGUAGAGAGAUUCUUCCAUUUUUCCCAUGAAGGUGAACUGAAUCCUGCAGGGAGAUGCUGGGCUUCCAAUGGAUCAGUCAGAAUAGUUGGGAGAUGGUCAGGAGGAGGUCGAAGGGGAGUCGCUGAGCCUCAUCAAGAUCUGUGGAGUUUUAGACUCGGGAACAGGGUAAUCCGGGGCAGGGUUUCGAGUGAAACGGGAUGGGUUCAAACCCCAGGGAAGCAGGGAUAGCGUUCGUCUUGCCCAACCUUCUUGAUCUUAAAGAGAGGAUUGGAGGACUCAAGAAUGUUGAGGAGUCAGCAGUAGCAGAUGUUCCUCUUUCGGUUCUCUAAAGGUUUAGGGAACCUGGACUUCGUGGUCUCCUGUCUAAGCUCACCGAUUUCUGCCCCUGUGCUGCUGAUGAAGGCAUCUAGAGAAGGUUUAUCUCAAAUCUGCUACAGAUAGGAGAUAAGCCCCUUUCCUCUUCCUCAGCCUCUUGUCUAGGCAGAAGAUGCAGGAGGAUAGCAAGGGUGGGGCUGGGAGAAGGGGUGGACUUGUGCCCUUCGCUUGAAAUUUGAGAGGGGGUGGACUGGGAGCAGGGGAGGAUUUGGCCAGUUUGCUUGGCAUUUUUCUCCAGAGAUUAGUUGGUGUUUAGCAAGACCAAAAGGGAAGUGAAAUCAACACUUGGCCAUCGUUGGCUUAACAAGUCAUCUGGAGAUGCAUGCGGCAACUGAAUCUUCUCCAGGGACUUUGGUCUACCACAUAGUGGGAACGACAACAAUCAGGGUUCAUCCUUGACCGUUGGAAUCUCCUGCCGAGGAAGCCACCAGACCAUGCCAACUUUUUAAGCUCUGUGGGCUGACCACAAAUGGGACAGAGCCAUAGAGAGAGAGAGAGAGCGUUAACUCAGGCCAAUCAGAGAAGGAAAAAAAAGGGUGAAAGGAUCUAGGUAUCCUUAAAGAAAGUGGUGCAACCUGCUCCUGUGUAAACACAGCAGCUGGAAAUUAGGAACUGGAGAUGUUCUCCUGCACCAUUCAGUGUCAUCCUCCGGUGUCGAGUGGGAUAGAUCCCCAGUCGAUCAGAGAAUCCUGCAUUCGGUAGAAUUGGAGCGAUUCUCUGGUCCUUCCCCCACCCUCAAAGAAAAUGGGUGGGGAUGGAAACUUUUUGGCCACAGAGAUGACAAAAGAUGUGGACAUCCUUCUAGAGCAAAAGUGACAGCUCUGUUCAGAAAAAAAGCCAGCAUUUGCUUUGGGGAAAAUGUAGUUUAGUGGCCUUUAGUGGCAGGUGGCCACGGGCUGGGGAGGUGCAUUGGGAACAGGUGGAGUAGGGCAAGGUGAUGAAACACCUUUCUAGGAAAUCUUGACCAGCUGGUUUUGCUCACCUGUCCAUCCAAAGGGUCACGGCCAGCAACCCGAUCCUUCCAAAGUUUUGACGUCGAGAGUUUGGUUGAACUGACAAUUCCUGGCUGCAGGAAGGACUUGACCUGAGUGGUGCAAUGGCCUAGAGGUGGAGCUCUCGCCUCACAAUCGGGAGGCUGGGAGUUCGAUCCAAGGUAGAGGCAGAUAUUUAUUUCUCUCUCUGGGCACACUGAGAAUAUAUUCUGCUGAAUAGAACUCCGCAUUGGCAACAGGAAGGGCAUCCGGCCAGUAAAAACACUCAGCUCCAUUCAGUUGCCCAAGACUCCACUCCGAUGCAAGGGAUUAUGGGGUCGUUAAAAGAAGACGAUGAGGAAGGACUUGACCUGGGGAUUAUUACUCCUUUCUCUCUCUCUCUCUCUUCGUGGAGAGCUCAAGACAGCUUCCAUGUGUUUUAAUAGCCAUUCUUCUUCUCGGAGAACCUUGAGCAGGGGGUGGGGUGGUGGGUAGGAAUGUUUAGCAAUUCACGCUGAUGUCAAAACAGAUUUGUUUGCAAAUACGCCAUAAACUCUCAGGAGGAGGGAGGGAGGGAGGGAGGGAGAAGGGCUUUGAAGUGUAGGACAUGGCUGCAUCAACAUCGCAUGGAAAACCUCCAGAAGGACAGGGUAUGCCUGAACUGAGGGCUAAUACGGCAUUGCCAAUCUUUUGUCAUACUUCCUACCUGUAACAUUUAUUCCUCACCCAUAUUUCAGGUAGCAGCGGAAAAGGAAGCUUAAUUUCCUCUUCCCUGCUUGUUUGUUUCUUCCGCUCCUUCGCCCUCUUUCACGUUGGCUCCCAAGUCAACUUCCAUCCUGCCUGCUUUUCAUUUGUCCCGGCGGCCAACAGAAACGGCCAACAGUUUUUCCUCGUUGAUUUGUUUGGGAUUCCGUCCGAAAAUUACGUCAGCCAUUUCUGCUUUCUGGAAUCUUUUUUUUUUCCUUUUUUUUCCUUUCUUUCCGUGUCUAAUGUAUGUGCGUGUGUGUCUUUCGGUUCACUCUCAACUGAGCUGUGAAUAAUUUUUAAUCGUGUAAAUAAUUGUGCACCUCUUAAAAGAAAAAAAAAGCAUAGGAUAUUUUAUCAAUUGUAAAUCAAAUCUGUAAUCAGUUCCCUGUAUAAUAUGAAUUAUCCCCAUGAGUGGUUUUCAAGCUCAGGUUCCAAAGGACCAAAUAAGAAUUAAAAAGUUGGGUUUUUUUUAAAAAAA